AUGGAAGCCCAGUCGGGUCGAAGCGACGACAUCGCUGCAGCUGCUUCAAUUCGACUACAGACCGCCAAUAACAGCGGAGACGACGUCGCUGAUCCAUCAUCUCCCAGCGUCGACUAUGACUCUGACCCCGACUCCAACGACGAAGACGAAUUUGAUGAGGCGCAAUGUCUAUUCUGCAACCAGACGAGCCUGGACCUGGUCCAGAACCUGGUCCACAUGUUAAAAGUGCACGGCUUGUAUGUCGAUCCGGCGCAUCUGGUGGUGGACGUGGGGACGCUUCUCGCGUACUUCCACCUCAUCAUCUACGGGCGGUACGAGUGUCUGUACUGCCGGACGCAGCGGAAUACUCGCGAAGCGGUACAGCAGCACAUGAUGGACAAAGGUCAUUGCAAAUACGACGAAGCCGAACUCAGAGACUUAUUUGAUAUGCCCUCGCCCCAUGCAAAGGAGGAACUCCAAAGAUAUCUUCACGCCCCGCGCUCGGAUGGCCCCCGUCCUCCAUCGCAGGCUAGAUCGAGGAAACCCCGACAUCUAAAGCGUUCAGACAGGCACGGCCCUGAUGACACAGAUGAUCCGCUCGACCAUAUCCUAUCGGCUACAACCUCGUGGUCAAGCAUCGAUGCUGAAUCAAGCUCGAGUGCUGCAGAGACACCCUCUCAUCAUUCCUGGAGUGAACUGAGCACGAGAGCCCUAAAGCAGGAAUGCGCGCUCAACAACCACCUCGCGCAACUCCGGGCAGGUGACCGGCGCAGUCUCUUGCAUUUACCGACUUCACAACAAAGGGCAUUGCUUGCGACUCGCCACAAGCAGAUGGAGAAAGCCAUGAGGACGGAGCAAACAAACCAGAGCAAUUUGGGGAGUGCAGGCAACAAAUUCAACUGUCUGGAUAAAAUCAGAUUGAUACGGAAACCGCCCCACACCGGAAAUAUUCACAGCUUGAAACGGUGA